AUGCAUUUCAGCCAGUUCGGUACUCUGGUGUACCUCUUGACUCCGGUCAGUGGUAUAGCAGUCAGGCCUCAUGGAGGAGUCCCUCAUGUCCCCCGAGCAGUAUCCUCUGCACCCCCCUCCUCCACAUCAGCCCCAGCGAGCCGUAUUGUCAACUUCGGGGCUGCUAUACCAACUACAUCCUCCAAUUCGGAUGGCUCUGACUUCAAUGUCACAAGCCUUUGGACAACUGCACAGUGUAACCAGAAUUCCAUUGACGAUGCUACUGUCGCUUUCAUUGAUCGGUGGUAUGCGUCAGGCGCUCCAGGUGCCUGGGAUGCGGUGCUUAAGGAGUGGGAAAAUGGAGCUAAGGAUGGUUUGUAUCGCAACCUCGCAUUCCCGGCGUUUGUCAGUUGGUACUUCCACGGUCCGGAACAAUGGAACUGUAAGGAUAUCGAUAGCGUCCCAUGCUCUUCCGUUGUCCGGUGUGACGAGGUCAAUCAUCCAGCGGGCUACCUUAUCUUGAAUGCUUUCUCUGGUGUCCAUCAGCUACAUAGUGGGAUGUCUAGCGCAAUCGAUGCGGCAACAAUUGGAAUCCAGAGCAAGAUAGGUGAAUUUACUGGCAUCUUUGCUCCGCAGAGCGAUGACACCAAGAUCAUUCUGGCAAUAUUUGACGCCUUGACCCUCAUGAUGGGCUUUACUGUUUCGGCGUUCUACAGUGUCGCUGAAAAGGAUAUUGAAAAAAUAGCCCAGGGAGCCACCACUGCCCGUGUGAGCAUUCCAAGGAAUCGCGAAGCUGGCACUCAAGGCCCUCUUGAAGCUCCUGAAAUUCAAGAGUAUCAAUUAAAAACAUUCGAGAGGACAAAACAGGCGUUGAAUGGAAAACCACAGGAAUUCAAUGGUCAUGCCUAUGCUAACGACAUGACAUACCAACUUUACACCAUUUCAGCAGCCUUCACCAGAAAUAAUGCUCCCACCGUUCACAAUAAACUUGAUGCUCAGAACUCACUAAGCUCUGCUCUUGGCGACAUGUUUAAGUCUUGGAAGGAUAUCGAGUCCUCCUAUCUGAACAACAUAUUUUCCGGCGACAAUUCCUCUCUCGGUGAUCUCACACGCCUAAUUGACGAAGGAAAGAUGAACUUCAUUCCAAAUAAGCUAGACACAUCUAAGAUGGCAGCAGAGUUACAGGCUGUAUUCUAUGGUCAACUGCUUCCUACUGCGUGGAAGACCGCCUCCGAUAAGCGCGGCGCUUUCCCAAGAAUUGUGAGGACGAACCUCCCCUGUGACAUCAAGUCCUCCCACAUACCUGAGAUCAGUGACUACGAUACUAUGAGAGACGUGGACUCUGUCAGCACACGCGCGUGCUGGAGGGAGAAGCUAGUGUUCCUUGUGAAUAUUAAUGAGUAUCAAGGGGGAAAGCCGGUUGCCUGGACACCACUACCUGGUACGACUAGAAGCAAUCUAAAUGGCGAUAAAUGGGGAGGCAUCACAUUUGACGACAUUGUUGCGAGUGCAAUGACCGGAUAUGAGAAGGCUGGUUACAAAAACGGCUACAAAUCGCCGACCGCUGAGGAUAUUGAGAAGAUCACGGAUGCCGAUAAAUAUGGGAAGCGAGUCCGUUAUCCUGGCUUCUUCAAUAUCCCUGUAUGCGAGGGUCUGGAUAAGACCAAAGCCAGUCUCCGGAAGCAGUUUACCUCGAACUCUCCAUUCUGGCCUUGUGAUGCACCAGAGGGUUUCAACAGCGAAGGAACUACUAUUCAUGUGAACAAGGGGUGGAUUACUGCUAAUGCUAAGACUCCUGUCUGUGAUACUUUCAAGGUUGAUGACCCAGGAUAUGGUGAUACCCUCAGUGCAACCUUGUAUGGACGAUUCAAUGCUGAAAACACUGCCGACGAAACUGUCACGGCAACGUGCAAGAUCACUUUCUCCUGGCCAAAAUCGUGGGCUGAUAUCUAUUAUGGAGAGGACAACUGCAUGUACAACGGGAAUUCUGAAGCAAUCAAGGAUGCAAAUGGCAACCCUGUGUGCUGCAAUGAGGACUCAAACCUCACUGAGAAGGUCACUAACCCAUACAUGACUGGUGGUUCGUGUGAUCCACAUUGA